AUGGCACCUAACAUAAACUCUUUGGCUUCAACGCCGACCACUGUGGGCGACGGUGCCAUGGCGAUAGGCACCGCUUACAAAGUAUCAGACUGCUGCAGAGGCAUCAGAUUUCGCAGGCAAAGACGCAAGAAGACCAAGAUCAGAAUAAUCAGGGUUCUCAGCACCAGGCAGAUCGUCUGCCGCCGCUGGGUCAUGCACAACGACCUGGAACAAGAGGGCGUCGACUCUCACCCCUAUCGCGACGAAGGAAGCACUUUGACGCAGAAUGGGGAGGACGGAUCACACGCCCCUCAUGAUCUCUCCAUGAUAGAGGAGGUCUCGUCAGACGUUGAAAAGUCCCCGGGUCAGCAAGCACACGGCAAGAGGGGCUGGAGCAACAGCAAAAGCCCAUUCUUCGAAACAUUCCCCUCCGACGAAGACGAUGUUUUUGUCGAAACUGGCAACGGCGCUCUCGACGCGCUCCGCGCCGGGAACUUGCAGCGCGCGCGCAACCAACAGCAGGCCAGUCCAUCAGGCCGCAUCGUUCAGCGUCGGUACGCCGGACGAUUCAGCUUUUAUGGUGAUGACGAUGACUUUGCCUCGGAGGCCCCUCCUCGGCUUGAGUCUUCGCUGCCAAAGUCUUCGACCUUUGUGCUCGAUCUUCCUGCUCCACGAGAUGCGCACUCCUCUCGUGCUUCGCGGCGCGCUUCACGGCGCGACCAGACGCCUACCAAAGGUCGUCGCGGCCGAUUUGUUAUCCACAGCGAGCUCACAACCUCUGAGAAGCAUCGUUCCAGUGCCGAAACUGCUUCAAAGAUUCUCAAACGAGAUUCUCCGUUGGUUGUCUCGCAUGAUCACAGCCGAGGCAACUCGGACGCGAGCACGCUCCGCAUGGGAAAUGGCAUCUACCCACCCCCCUUGAAUACUCUCGAUGGAUUGGGAUCACGGAACGAUGAGGAACACAGCAUCCAAGACUCUGAAAUUAUCUCCAACACCAAUGGGAAUGAUGAUGUCCAGCGCCGUCGUUCUCGAAGCAACGCGUCCAGCUGCUCGAAGUCGACUGUCGACGGCAUCCUUCCGUCUGAGGAAGAGGGCUCAAGAAUGUCGACACCUGUCCCUGACAAUGUCCCUGACAGUGUCCCCGAAAAGAGGCCCAGAGCGAUAACAUCAAUUUCAGUAGCUGGAGAACAACGUCCGAGGUAG